GGAAGGCCCCCUUCCUAAUUGAGAACUUGUCCUUCAGUGACUGGGUUACCAUGGUCGCGGUAAUGCAGACUAGACCCCAUGAACUUGAAGACAAGAUAAAGGAACUGGCCUCCAACAUUGCAGAGGUAUGUAGAAGAUCUGCCAUUGAGAACAGAGAACUGAACCUCAUCAUCGCUAAGAAUGAGAAGGUCAUCCUUGAGCUCCACGGAUACGAUACCUCGCAUUUGGACUGUGCGGGUCGGAUUUCUACAAAUGAGAGCUCAGAGACCUUCACAGACUCCUACAUCAGCAGCAUUGCGCUCACACCAGUGGAACUUGACUACUUCAAGAAAAAGGAAGCACUUAGAAGGAACAACGCCCAUAUGGAGAUCUCCAGCUCUUCUGGUGACACCAGCCACAAGCUCGGCAAGAACAGUUCCUUCUUACCGCUCGCAUUAAGCACAUGGACAGAGAAAGCAGUACAACGGGUUCACAACAGACUCUGGAAGCUGAACUCUUUCAACUACACGACACCGAUUAGCGUGGAUGCCUAUAUGGCAUCGGCAGGCCUCAGUAACGCAGACAUAGACAACUGUCGAACUGCGGCCAGGAAUGCGACCAUCCAUUUUCCAGCUGGACGGUCAGGCUUUGAUGCGGACUUCCUGCCCAUCGCCAAGCUGGAGAAAGGCAAGUGUCCAAAAAAACCGCUGCUUCACCAGAAGGGCAUUCGUAGAUUUCCCAUUGACCUGCUUGAACUCAAGAAGUUGUGGAACGCUGGCAGACCGUUUCUCAAGUGCACAUGCAACGGCUGUGAACUGAACUUCACAUAGCUGGAUCACAUGAUCUGGUAUAUCAUCGGUAACCUGGACAAACUGGACCCAAAUGCACCUUCAGACAAGA